AUGGAGGACGACGAGGAGGAGGUCACCGCGAGCACGCUGCGGGGCAAGCCCCGGCCGCUGCCCCUCUCGGCGCUGUCCGCCUUCAGCUACGUGCCGCCGCGGCGCCUGGACCCCAAGGAGCACAGCUACUACUCCCGCCGGGGCCGGACGGGAAUCGUUUCCCUGUACGACUGCAUUUUUAAGAGGAACCCAGGCUACAAUCAGAAAUUGCACCGAGAUGACAGAGAGCAUGCAAAAAGCCUGGGACUUCACGUGAAUGAGGAGGAGCGCCAGCGGCCCGUGGGAGUGCUCAUGUCCUCGGUCUACGGGAGGCACAUACACCAGCCCGUGGAGCCCCUGAACCGGGACCACGGCCGUGCCAGCCACGUGAAGGCUGACUUCUACAGGAAGAAUGACAUCCCCAGCAUCAAGGCGCCCAGCUUUGGGCACAUUUCUCCAGCCUGACUCCCCCGCGGUGGCCUGGACCGUGGGGGGUAGCACAGAUGGGCUGCGCCUGGGCCUUCCGUCCCCCCUCCCACAGCUCCCAGGGAGCAGCCCUGAAGCCGCUUGCACCUGACAGUGGGUGGGGGGAUGGGCCCGGUAGCUCCUUUCCCCUCCUGAGGCUUGUGGGGAAGACCCUGGCCCAAGACCCUGUGAUGAACAUCUCAUGUGAUGCUUUCCACGUGUGAUCAUGUCAGCUGAAAUGAUGCUAGAGACUGAUCCACUGUGAGCACUUGAAUAAAAAGAAAACUUCCCACUU